GACAAAGGUGAUUUUUCGCGUUCGAAGCCCGUGCGUACCCAUCGAACACUGUAUCUGAGUGUGGAUGGCUACUGGCUGCUGGCCCCCGAGGAGAAGAACGAGGACCACUAACCCCAUACCGUUUGUUUCCUUACGGCACCCCGUGGGUCGGGAAAUUGAUUGCCUUCUUCGAAGAGUCCGGUGGUCAGCGGAAGGCUGCGGAUAGAAUUGCGGUUUGGGGGUGGAAUCGUUAGAUUGAAAAAUAAAACACAAACGCAGUGCGAUCGUGAUCGGAAGGCUGAAGUGGGGAACGACGGAUUGGUGCAGGAGAGCUAGCGAUAAGUGCAUUUGCCAAGUUUUUCUGGCCUCACCAGAGGGUAGUGUGUGGGGUGGGGGAGGUCAAGCCACGACAUCUCUACCCUUAAGAGUGUUAUGUUUAUAGGCUAGUUCCUGCUGCUCGGAAGGAAAUUAUUGAUUUGCAAGAAGCGGUGAAGCUGUGUUGUAGGGUAUUGUUGUCUAUGGGUAGGAAAAAUAGCAACAAUGUUUUUCCGACACCUGCAUUAGAGUGAGUCAAGAGUAAAAAGGAUUGCAGCCGUAGAUGUGGAGUGUUGGACCAAAGAUAAGGAAGAAAAAAGUUGAAAUUGGUGCGAUUUUUACUGCGAAAACGUGCAGAACGACAGAUGGGGUGUUACGUAAUUUAAUUGGAAAUUCGAGCGUAGUUCCUGUGCCAAGCAAGCAUACAUGCGUCUGAAUUUUAGAGGCCAUACAAAAAUCUUCCGCUGAGUGAAUUGACGUGUUGUUUUUGGGUGUACGUGUGCUACAGGAAAAGAAGUGAGAGAUACAGCUGGUGAAGGCAAGUUGGCAUCCGUGAAAGAUUCUACACCAUCUCGAUGACAACCAUCAAUCACACACACCGGCUGCUGUCGACCCAUCUCAGCUUCACCGUGACAGCCUAGAGUAGGGACGGUGGAACAGUUUUUAGCGGAACUUAGCCCAGCUCAACACACACCAUGCGGGAAUGCUGAAGGCAGAUCCCGACGGUAUUGUUCCGGCAUUGUUUCAGGCGUGUUUUCACCAUCACUCCCGGAUUCACACCGGUAUCCGUCGGCAGGGGUUGUGUGGCAGUAAUCAAUUAUUAUAAAAUCGAUCGGACCGCCGGAUAGUGUGGCAGCUUUUAUGGCGGUGGAAAGAGUGUAAUAAAAGUCAUCCCUUCGUCCGAGAAAUGAAAGCACGCAGCCAAAGGGAUCAAUCAACAAUAUCAGCAUCGUCAUCGCACUGAUGCUGUCAUCAUCAUCAUCAACACCACCGGCAUUCUUAUCAGUAACGUUGGCGUUAAUGGGAAAGUGGCCCACAACCAACCAGCUUCCGACCGAGACAUGCGUGGGUGUGAUAGCAGAGUAUUUUAUUGCAAACAGUUACUAACGAAGCAUUAGAACUUUAUAGAGGUAGAGUCGCGCAGAGGCAUUUCCCAUCUAAAUUCAAAUUAGUCUGCAGUAACAGAGAUGAUAGUAUUUUAUGUGGUCGGUCGGAAACUGUGGCAUUUGGUGACAAACUUUUGUGAGAAGUAAUGGAGCGCAAGCCGAUGGUGAAUCGUGUUUUAGCUGAAACUGGAAGAGUGAAGUGAACGAGAGCAGCGUUCUCCUGGUCCUUAUAUGGACGCACUAGUUGUAUCGCAUCUCGUAAAUGAACUCACUGUUGGUAGCCAGCAACAAAGCUUGUCCUCGCCGAGUUCCAGCGCCGUUUCUGGUGGCUUUGGGACGGCCGCACCGUACGCCCUGUUGACAUUGAACCAAACGUUGGGUCACGCCGUAGCUGGCGCUACCGGUACAGGUGGCUCAGAUGUUCUGAGCGUGGCUAUAGCCAGCACAACAGCCACUGCUGGGUCGAUCACCUCAUCGACCGUACCGGGGAAGGCACUCGAGCACGAGCCGGAGAUCGAUACGAUCCGGAAGGUGAUCAUAUGCAUUGUUCUACUAGUUGUGAUAUUCGGUACCAUCGUUGGCAACAUCCUCGUCUGUGUUGCCGUCUGCUUGGUACGGAAACUUCGACGGCCAUGCAACUAUCUGCUGGUGUCGCUAGCGGUAUCCGAUCUGUGUGUUGCCUGCCUAGUGAUGCCGCCAGCGUUGAUGUACGAAGUGCUCGGCGAGUGGAACUUCGGUAGAGUUUUCUGUGAUAUCUGGGUAUCGUUUGACGUGUUGUCGUGCACGGCCUCGAUACUUAACCUGUGUGCAAUAUCCGUCGACCGAUACUGGGCCAUCACGAAGCCGCUGGAGUACGGGGUAAAACGAACUCCACGCAGGAUGAUGCUCUGCGUGGCAUUGGUUUGGUUGGCGGCCGCUUGUAUCUCUCUGCCACCUCUUUUAAUCCUAGGCAAUAAACACACGAUUGGCGAGGGAUCCGAUCAGCGACCGUUUUGUGCGGUCUGCGAAGAUGUAGGUUAUCAAAUUUACGCCACCCUGGGAUCUUUCUACAUCCCACUGGCUGUGAUGCUUUUUGUAUACUAUCAGAUAUUCCGAGCCGCCCGGCGAAUAGUAAAAGACGAGAAGCGGGCCCAAACAAGACUGGAAAACUCCCUCGCGGUGGAUAAAAACCAAGCCAUGCUCAAACCCCCCGAACCAGUGGUUAACAACUCAACCGGUUCACCCCACCAGAAGAAGCUUCGCUUUCAGCUAGCCAAAGAACGAAAAGCUUCCACCACGCUCGGCAUCAUCAUGUCGGCGUUUACCAUUUGCUGGCUGCCGUUCUUCAUCCUGGCCCUGGUUCGGCCCCUGAUGGAUGAUGACUACCCGACGCUGUCGUCGUUUUUCCUCUGGCUCGGGUACGCCAACUCCCUGCUGAAUCCCAUCAUCUACGCGACCCUGAAUCGGGACUUCCGGAAGCCAUUCCAGGAGAUACUGUACUUCCGCUGUUCGAACCUGAACAUCCUCAUGCGGGAGGACUUCUACCACAGCCAGUACGGAGAGCCCGGUUCGCAGCGGUUCGUGCUCGACAACGAGGGCCAGCAUACGGCCCGCGAAAGCUUUCUCUGAGAUAGACAGCAAGCUACAAUCAGUGCACCGCCGCUUCUACGUGACCUGCACCACAUAGCGCCGUAAUGCUUGAGUGUGUGAGAAUGUGCAUGCGUGUGUGUGUGUGUGUAUGUGCACAUGAGUGAUCGUUUCCAAAGGUACUAUUACGAAUAAUCCACUUAGAUGAAAUGUUACCAUAAAACCAGAAGUAAUCAUAACAAAUCAAGCCACACCAUAAACAACUGUAGAGGUAAUCGUUUUAGGUACAUAAGUUUCGUUGGUAGCUGAAAAUGUGUUGGCAUGUGAAAACGCGACUGAGAAACAAAGCUCACUUUAGUGUAAAAUGUUUAGCCAUGUAAUCAUAGACGGUGUAAAAUGUUAUUGUGAUGAAAAUUAUUAAAUUAAUAAUUUAUCAUCGGACGCAAUUCGGAAGUGUUUCAAUGGCAUUCAAGUUUCUGUGAGGGAUACGUCGAAAAACUUUUGUUUCUUGAAGCAAGUUCGUCUCUCGAUUUCCAGACGAAUUCGUCUAUAAUCUGUGCCACUUAUCACUACAGCUAGAAGUUCCUAUGUUAUGUUCCGUAGAGCUCCGUAAUACUUCUCGGUUGAAUCCGGCUGGCAGUGGUAUUGACAUUCACGACAUUCGAAUACGGCGAAUUUCGGCCUUACUUGUAUUGAUAACCUACUGCUCAAGCGAGAAUCGAUAAAUAUAGAACAACAUUAUCAAUGAACACCAGUGGAAUGAACAUCAACAUCAGCUUGCCAUGAAGUUCAUUUUUCAUUGGCUUCUUCAUUUUCGUCAUGAUAUCCAUAACAUCGAAAUUGAAGAUCAUUGCGUGUUAGUGAAAAUCUGAAAAGCAUAACAUUUAACGUCAACCAAAUGAAAGUUAGAGGAGAUGUGUCUAAGACGCGCCUGCCGGGCAAUUUGACCCGCCUGAUCUUACCGUAAACCAGCAAGAAUAGAAAUGCUAUGGAUUUAGGCAAUCGUGCUAGUCAAUGAUAGAAUCCUACCAUGCAAUUUUACAUUUGUAACAUGCUUUAAAAAGUCACAGGAGGGUUGUGUCCGAGACACGACCGCAUAGUUGACGUAGGAUUCCGUUUGACUAUCUGUUGAUUUUGGAUAUGUUUGAAGAAUUAUAUCGUUGAACUUUUUGAUAAUGAUUUGAUUUUAAUGUCUCUGUUAGGGAACACAUUUCGGUAGGAACAAAAGUUCCCCCUACUUUCAUGUAUUUGCAAUGCCGAUUUCCUCCAGGCAGCUUAGUUUUGAUGUCUCUGUUAGGGAACUGAUUUCGGUGGGAACAAAGGCUCACUCUACUUUCAUAUAUUUGCAAUGCCGAUUUCCCCCAGGCAGCUUGGUUUUGAUGUCUCUGUUAGCAAACUGAUUUCGGUGGGAACAAAAGUUCCCCCUACUUUCAUGUAUUCACAAUGCCGAUUUCCCCCAGGUUGCUUGGUUUUAAUGUCUCUGUUAGGGAAUACAUUACGGUAGGAACAAAAGCUCACCCUACUUUCAUGUAUUUGCAAUGCCGAUUUCCCCCAGGCAGUUUGGUUUUGAUGUCUCUGUUAGGGACCCGCCGCAUGUGUCGUCAAUUUCGACCAAUCAGAAAUGUGUUUUUCCGUUAGGAUAGAUGUUGAGAUUCUUCAAUUGUUCGAUAGUUAGUUUCAUGACAUAUAUUAUUUUCUUCAAUAUAAAAAAUUGUUAUGGAGUACCGAAAUCGAUUGACGCAUAAAUUUCAUCAAUCCAUCAUGAAAUGGCUGUGCAAUAAGCGUUUGAAAUUGGACUAUUUUCGCGAUGUGCUCGAUUUUCGAUUUUCAGUUUGUACCCCAAUAUGUUCCCGAAAGACGUAAUCCUACGUCAAAAAUAAGAAAAAUAAUUUUCUUUGGAAGCGAUUUUCGAUGUAAUUUUCUAAAUAAUUUCUAUAAGUUUGCUUGGAACCGAUUCAGAGGCGAUAACUGUGGGUCAUAUGUAUUGAGUCGAGUUCCCAGUGAAUAUCUCAGAUGAAGAAAAUGGUAAGAAAGAAUUCAUUUUCUUCUCAAUUUCAUAUUUUCCGCAUCAGCUUACCAUCGGGCAGUAUGACAUACCCUCGAUCGGGGCAAUUUGCUCGCUUUCGGCCGGAUAACAUUCUCACAAGGGAAAUAGCUUGCAUGUGAGGGAUACGAGAUGAUAUCUCUACAUGGCACGAAUAAAUGUCUUCAAAAGUAAUCAUAAUGAACAAAAAUGAGCAAACCAUCACGAUAUUUCUAAAUCAUGUUCGAUAAAUCACACAAACAAUUGUUUUCACAUACUUUGAACUGACCUCAGUAUGUUUUCACAAAAUACACAAAAUGUCUCCAAAACGAAGACAUGUCUUCACAUCUGGCAUAUGUUUUAUGUGCUCAGAGAAUGCCUGGUGUGGACUGGUGAAUUAAUGUACGAAUACUGGGAGAACACGCUCACCGGUUUCUUCUCUUCGCUGGUGGGCAUCAACGUGGUUUGACAUAUACUAGAGAUGUGCCAGAUUUUUUGUAUCGUACACGAAAAUUACUCACACAGAUAAAAUAGCGUGCUGAAUCACGGCAUUUUGUUCAUAAAAUUCAACAAAUUCAUAAAUUUGGUUCAUUCAAACACGUUUUCCGGUUAUUUUUUUCCCACAGAAUUGAACUCCAGGAAAUGAUCAACUAUAAAAGUCAUAACUUUUACCGUGUUUUAAUUCAGAAAGCGCGUGAAUUUCGCUCAUUAAAAAUGUCGAACAAAUAGAUGCUUCUCCUGGAAAUUGAUUAUCAUCAAGUUACAUGGACGGUUCAAGUUUAUCAAUCGCUGCUGAUGAUUUCUAGUAUUUUCUAGUACGCAUUAAGGAAAAUGUACGGCAUACGAUGCUGGGUUUUAUGUCGGCCGUAUCAGACUGCAGUAGAGAAACGUUGGUAAAUCAUAUUUUUCCUGGUGAAUAUAGAGGAAUAAUGUAUGAAAUCGUGUAAAACACAUAUUUCUACAUCAAAUAUUAGAUUUUUAGGGAAAAAAUAUAUAUCCAUUUUUCAUUAAAUUAUAAAAAAUGAAAAAAAUCCAUACAAAUUCAGGUAAUUUUGCGCGCUAUUUACUAACACUAACGAGAGGACCUUUAUAGCAUACCUGGUCACUGUCUAUGUACGUUGGGUGGGCAUGAAGGAAAUAGAUUGAUGGAAUCUCUCAUUCGUACAAGCUUUAUAGUCUCUGAGAGAAACAACUCAUGGGCAUAUUAUACUUCUGCUGGGCCAUUUAACACCGUAUGAUUGGAAAUUUAGAAUUUGGGCGCCUUACAUAAAAAAAAUCGUAGCACUUUUGUUAUUCAGUAUCUAAAAUACAGAACGAUUACAGAUGACUGAGGGUUAACUAAUCUACGUACUGACGUAGUUGUUACUUCAAAUUUUAAGAGCACGGUCAAGAUAAAUCCAUUCUCGCUUAGGGGGUGCCGUAUUACACACUUCACCUAUAAAUCGAUUAAUGUUUUUCUGGUUUUUGCGAGUUCGCACUGGAUUGUAUAGUAUAACUCUUGCUAUGUUUUAUGAAUCUAUUCCGUAUUGGCCUGAAAUGGCAUACACCCACAAUGAUAUGGGCUUUGUGACAAUAACAGACGCGAGCUGAAAACGAACAUAGUCUUGUUUUGAUUUACGGUUCAAUGACACUGGCUCUAAAUGAGCAACAAUGAUGUUAAAUGAAAGGGCCUCAACAGCAGAAGUCGAAUAUCGUGUUCCGAUACCAUUUUGGAACAGAAGAUGAUGGCUCCCGGUUCGUUGAAAACGGCCCUGGAUGACCGAAAAUGGGAUUAUUGAAGAGCAAGGCGCUUAUAUCAAUGUAUAACAGGUGAAGCAACAUCAUCACUUCAAUAAGAAGAGGAUUACGGUUUGUGGAGCGGGGUUGUUUGUUUUGUUAUUGCUAGGAUACGCCAUUUUCGCAUUUUCACAUGCGAGAGUAGUGGAAAUGUGAAUGAAUGAUUUUGUAAAUCAUUCCUUCUUUUUCACAUAAAUUCGCGAAAGCCGAACAUAGUAGGCAUCGUUUGAAUAAGCGUCGUAGCAGUUUGUAGAGAGUGGCCGGCAGCGUUCUGAUGCUGUUUGUAAACAAUACCGACGGCAAUUCCAAUAUGGCUGAAAGUGCAUUCCAUAUGAUUGUUUCACCUGGUAGAAUAGUGCGGGGCAAAAGUGAGCAUUGGCCUUUUCAAAGCAAAUGAGCAUAAAAAUUCGACAACAGUGUAUUCGUUUGAUACAUUAUUAGACCAGCAGCUCCCACAUAUUAACAAGAUACAUUUCAUGAAAGUGACAAAAAGUUAUGAGGUAAAAAAUGUUUUGCGAUGUUUUGAUCUAUUUUUUUCUGUUUUGGAGAUGACGAUUUAUUUACCUCAAAUAACUGGAAAGUUCGAAACUACACCGUCAAGGAAACCUUCAUUCUAUAGUAGAUGAUAUUGCGUAUUCGUUUUUGUGAAAAAGUUUAAUAGCUUUUUUUGAAAAUUCGAUUAGAUCAAAAAUUGCUUGUGGGGCAAAGGUGCGCAGUGGCUGUGGGAUAAAAGUUCGUACUAGCGUUUUGCUCUGAAAAAAAAUUAUAAAAUGUUUUCAACAAAUUUUUUAACGGGACCCACGAGAAGAAAACUUAUUUGAAGAAAUGCACUCCAAAAAUGCUCAAAUGACCCGACAGAGGCUUCGGGAGGGAGUUUCGAAGUGUCGGAUUGCGGUAGACCUCGGAAUUUUUGAAUCAGCUCUGAGGAAGACGCACAUAUCAGAAAGUGAUUUAUGAUUUUAAUCUUCUUUUUAUGACAUUUCUACUUCUCCUGGGAUGUGUCAGCGAGCACCUUGGGCGGUUCAGAUAGGUAUUUACGAGUGAGCAGCCUGAGGAUCUGGCGGACCACUGCAGGGCACUGGACAAAGCUUUCUAUGGUAUGACUCUCAAAGAUUUACGGCCUCUGGCGUUGGAUUUUGCGGAAGCCAAGAACCUCCAGCACGAUUUCAAACAAGUUGCAAAACUGGCAGGAAGAGAUUGGGAUUCUAGUUUCAUGAGGAACCAUCGUCUGUCUCUUCGAACCCCACAACAGCGCAACGAGGCAUCAGCGCUCCAAGGCAAAGCGUCGGAAUCCUCAGAACCGAAAUCCAAGAUGCGGAACAAAAAUAAACAAUUGCUUAAAAAUAAUUAAAAAUGAACUUCAAAUGAAAAAUGUUUUUAUCAUCACCAUGCAUUCGCGAGUAUAGAUUACGUACAUACAAAUAGUUUCUGUGAGAACUUGAGUGUUCGAAAUGAUUUAUAUCAACAUAUCUAUUGUGGGUGGGACGAAGUUCGCCGGGUCAACUAGUUUGUUAAUAAAAACAAAUUAUGUUUCAAAUUUUGGACAUUUUCGGAUAUCUUAUAUUGUCAGUCUCCUCCCUCCCAAAAAUUUCCACGUGGUAUGUUCGACCAUAACACCCUCUUAUCUUCGCCCAUAAAAAACCAUAGAACACCCCCCUCCUGCCUACUUUACGGUGCCUACACUCUCUAGUAAUGAUGCUUCACUCGCUUCUGAUGAUAAACCAUUUAUUUUUGGUAUAAGUUAUCUCAGGAGUUCAAUUCAAUAAGUGUGCACUUUUGCCCCGUACGGUACGCACCUUUGCCCCCACUAUGGGUGCGCAUUUGUCUUUUUGUAUUAAAAUAUGUAUUUGUCCAACUAUAAGCAAAACACAACUUGAGAAAUGCUUGUACUACGUUUCGAAGGUAAUAUAUAGUUACAAUUUGGUAAGCAAACGGAAUUUUAUUUCCUUUUGUUUCAAGAGUUAUUGGACGACAAUAGUUUGCACCGCAUUACUCUAUAUAUAGAGGCGCCUUGGUGAAGAGGAGUUAGACAGAGAAAGUGUUAGAAACUAAGAUCAUGUUAGAGCGAAAUGGCGGUAGUAAAAGAACAUAGAAAGCGGAAACGGAAACGGAUCUCUCACGCAAAGGUCACGAGUUCAAUUCUUACUCCCGACAUUCUUCCAAAAAUGGAAGUGACGAACCAGCCAAAAAGUGUUGAAAGUCACUAUAAUACGGAAUAAAAAAAAAGAAAAAGAAACGGAAACGGAAAGGGAACGCUCAACGCCGUUCAACGCUAAACGUCACACAACCGCACAACGGUCAACACUCAACGAAAACUAAUGUUGGCUUUCCCAGAUUCGUGGUCCUUUCUUUUUGACUAAAUAUGAAAAUCACACACACAAAAACUUAACGUUCGUGAUAAUCACCUGAAACUAUUGACAGUAAUGAAAGUGCCUGAAUGAAGGUUUUUCGAAGUUCGUUCAUGCUUUUUUCAUUCUAUAUACCAGACAAUGUUCAUGCGUCUCGACUAUUGUGUUAUACUCAUUAUGACAGAUAUGGUAUUGAGUUUCAACAGAAGAGGAUUCAUCCGACACUUUGAAAAAACUUAUUCCUUUAUUCGUGAAUAAAUUUUGAUAAUUUGUAGCACUGCUAGUAAUACUUAAGCAUGGAAUAGAAUGUGCCAAAGGCUCGUGGGCUAUCGAGAAAGUAACCGACCAUCGACCGAAGAAAUAUUUCCACGAGGUGACAUUUUACACUAAAAACAAUAUUUGUCGAUAUUUGUUUAUUCCAUUCAGUUAUGAAUUACACAGUGUAAACAAUGGAAGUCAACAAAAAAAGAGAAAAUUCGGUACAUUUUACAGGUUUUCUUUGUUAAAGGCGAUAAUGCAAGCAAGGCCGCUGAAAUUGUGAAUGUUGUUUAUGGUACCGAUACUAUAGCAUCUAAUUACGUGUAAUUUUGGUUCCGUUGAUUCCGUUCAGGCAUUUUUGAUGUUGGAGAUGUACUUGGCACAGUUGUCGCCAAUGUCGAUAAAAUCACAGAAAUAAUCGAAUUUCACCGGCAUUAGUAGUCGCCUAGAAUCGCCUAGGAGCUAAAGAUCAACACAUAACACAGUUUUAAGCCAUUUGCGUAAAGCUGGAUGUAAAAAGAAGUCCGAUGUUUGGGUGCCAUUGAAUCUCCAUCUGCGAAGCCUUGGCCAAACGAUCCAACUUUUAAGCGGAUUGUGAUUGGGGAUGAGAAACAGGUCACAUACAACAAUAUUGUGGGAAAUAGAUCGUGGUGAAAGCGUUGUGAAGCAGGUUGAACGCUGGCUAAACCAAGAUUAACGGCCACGAAGUUUCUACUGUGGAUUUGGUGGGAUUUGAAAGGAAUAAUUAAUUAUGAGUUUCUUCCGUAUAGCCAAACACUAAAUUCAGAUCUCAACUGUCAAAAACUGGACAGUUUAAAGCUAGCGAUUGACUUUAAGCGGCCAGAAUUGGCCAACAGAAGAGGUGUUGUAUUUCGUCCGGACAACACAACGCACGUCUGCAGUGACUCGCCACCGCGUAACACUUUCCAGCGCCACGUUGAAAAGCAGACAGGAGAGUCCAUCGCCUUGUCGAAGUCCCCUGUGGGUCUCGAACGAUUCCGACGGAUCGCCUGAGAUCCGCAUACUGCACCAUCAGUCUUGUCAGCUUUCUGGGGAAGUCGUGUUCGUCCUUGAUUCUCCAUAGCUGUCGUCAGUGGAUACAUCAAAUGCGGCCUUGAAGUCGACGAAGAUGUGGUGAGUAGGAACCUGAUACUCGCGACACUUCUGGAGGAUCUGUCGCAGUGUAAAAAUCUGAUCCAUCGUCGAGUAUGAAUCCGGCCUUAUAUCUUCUCGCAAAUUUGUUUACUAUUGGCGAUAGAUGGCGAUAGAGGAUCUGAGACAGAAUUUUGUAGACAACAUUCAGGAUCGUGAUUGCACGGUAGUUCUCACAAUCCAACUUGUCACCAUUUUUAUAGAUGGGGCAGAUUACCCCGUCCUUCCCCUUCCCAGUAGUUGUUCUGUGUUCCUGAUCCUGACUAUCAACCGGUGUAUUCACUUCACAAGUUUUCCCGGAUCUCCCUUGAAAAGUUCCGCUACGAGAUCAUCUUUACCGCCUGCGUUAGGCUUCUUUAGCUGAUUAUUGGCCUCCUUAACUUCACCCGUCAUCGGGGGUGGUACAUCGUCGUUAUUCACUGUACCGGUGUAGUCCUCAUCAAGACAGUCUUGGUCUGCGCUCUGUUCAGGUGUUCAUCGUAGUACUACCUUCACCUUUCGAUCACCUCGCGUUCGUUCGUCAAGAUGCCUCCUUGAUGCUUCCUUGUUUCUGCACAUUUCAGCCCGCGGCACAAAGCCUUUGUGUGAGGCGUUCAGUUUCUUGAACAAUUUCCGAUUCUCGAGAACAAUAAAGAUGAGAUGGAUGAUCUCCUCACACUCUAUUUCUUCCAGACGGCGCUUUUUUUUCCCAAAAACAGAUGUGUUUGCCACCUUCGCUUCAGUCUAUAUCGUUGCACGUUUUGUCGAGUCGCUCACUGCAGCAUGGCUGCGCGAACUGCAUUAUUCUCGUUCAGAAGCGCUCGGCACUUGUCAUCAAACCAUUCGUUCCGUUGUCCUCGUUGUUCAUACCCGAUAACGGUCUCUGCGGUGCUACUAAUUGCUGCUUUCAACGUGUUUCAUCGUGCAUUCAUCGAGAGGAACACCAUCCAGUUCAUUCAUCCCCGGUAACGCAGAUUCAAGGCGCUGCGAGUAUGUUGAAGCAACAUUCGCCUCCUGCAGUCGUCGUAGGUGGUACCUUUGUAAGCGCUGAUGUCUUAUGUUAUUGACGACUGAUAGUUUGACCAUCACCAGGUAAUGGUCUGAAUCGACGUUAGCGCCAUAAUAGGUUCUGACGUCAAUGAUAUGCGAAACGUGGUCAAUUUGUGUUUCUGUUUGCUGAGCAGAUCUGUAGGUGUAACGGUAUUGGAGGCUGUGGACGUUGAUAAUUGGGGCUGUGGACGUUGAUAAUGCUAAUGUUGAGGAUGGGGUCUCGAAUCGUCAGUCUGCACAUUCUUACAUUGAUCGGCCACCAGCCAAUCGCCCGUUUCUGCACCUCCCCCAUCACGACGAAAGCUGUACUCAGCUCGUGUGUAUUGCCGCAGCUCUGGUAGAUGGUAUAACCUCCUAGGAACGACACUUUCGAACAUAGUUUGAUAGCUUAUUCAAUGUUUAUUCUAAUUGGCAUUGCUAUAUAGCCCAAUUCAUUGAACUUACCCUGAGGUUUUGAAGUUUAUUUCAACAAAUUUGAACAAAGAAUAUAUUCCUCAAUUGCGAACUAAAAUUUAUGAGUUAGAAAUGAUAAUUGGCUUAACAUACCAUUGAUUCAGUGAAUAUCGACCCAGUUCCUCCACAAAAAUGGAACCGUGAUAAUUCAAUUUGUUUAUUUCAGCUUUGAAGUUUUGGUUGUAACUCAAACCACCUCCAUAAAAUUAAUUAUUGAAAAGAUAUGUAACCGAAAAACCUUCGAUUCGUGAAGUGGUCAUUUGGAAGAUCUAGGUUAAUCUA